AUGGACAGUGCAGCAUCGCCUCCGACGGCGGACGAGCCAGCGACAUCGUCUGCUCUUCGGUUAUCAGUCGACCCCGAUGGUACUGGAUUGAAAUCACGACCGGCAUCGCCGCAGCUCACCCAAAGCACCCCAGUGCAGUUACGACCAGCUGGCGAGAUUCUUAGUGAAUUCGACCCCCUCGCGAACUCUGUGGAAAAGGAGGCGCGAGAAGCCUGGGGGGAUGCUGAAGGUCACCCGCCGCCGUCGCCGUCGCCAUCGCCGCCACCGGAAACGCCAGAACGACCCCCCAGCCCGCCAUCAAAGAGUAAGGACGCUACUACUAAUGCCCCACCAGCAACACCUCUUCCCCCUUCAAGCUUGAAUAUAUCCGCGUUUCCAUCGUUAUCCGCUUUAGCUCGAACCUUCUCAAUACCGACCCCACUGCGGCCGCGUCCCCUCUCCAUGGAUUCAGCGAAACCAGUGCCGUCUCCGGGAACACUGUCAUCAUUCGCGGCGCAGCAAGAGUCUACUCGAUCGUCAACAGACCAGGGUGAUAGGCGUGAAGCAGAUGAGAACGCCGCGUCUGCCUACAACACCGCAAAUGCACCGGCAAGCUCAAACGAUAGUACCGCGACGCCAAGCGCGGCAACUAGCACUGACGCAGCUUCAUUUGACUUCCAGAAGUUCCUCGAUCAGAUGAAAUCGAGGAGCGCCGAGCCCGUUGCUAAGUACCUCCGUUCAUUUCUGAGCAAUUUCGCGAAGAGGACGUUCACGAUUGGAGACCAGGUCAAGAUCAUAAAUGAUUUCCUCAAUUUUAUAUCCAUCCGCAUGAGAGAGGUCGAUGCAUGGAAGACUACCUCAGAUGUAGAGUUUGAUUAUGCUAUGGAAGGAAUGGAAAAACUCGUCAUGAAUCGGCUCUACGAGUUCACCUUCACGCCCCAAGUCGCCCGCGCAGUGCCCCCUCGUCCAAUAACAUCAGACGAUCUGGAAAAGGAUAGAAUCCUUUCCCAACGGAUAGGACUUUUCGGCUGGAUAGAGGAGAAACAUCUCGAUAUACCCGUUGGGGAAGGGAGCAAAGGUUUCUUGAUGUUUGCUCAACAAGGCAUGCUAUUCAUCUACAACGUGCUCUACGAUCACUUAUCACCCUUUCUAGAACUGCUGAAGAUAAACCACUAUAAGGCCCCGCGUGAUAAGCUUAUAUGUAUCCUGAACUGCUGCAAAGUCAUAUUCGGGCUGAUACGGCACUUACGCAAAGAAGAGGGAGCUGACUCGUUUGUGCCGAUUCUGAUCUUUGUCGUUCUGAAAGCCAAUCCCGACCAUCUGAUAUCCAACGUUGAAUUUAUUAACCGGUUCCGAAACCCUGCGAAGUUGCAAAGCGAAGCGGGGUACUACCUUUCUAGCUUGAUGGGCGCCGUCUCCUUCAUUGAAACCAUGGACCACACAUCAUUAUCAAAUAUCACUCAGGAAGAAUUUGAACAGAAUGUUGAAGAAGCCAUCCAGUCUCUACCCCCUUCCCAUCCACAUUCACCUCCUAUGACUCCGUCUAGCGCCUCCAUCCCAAGCUCGACACCGAAAUUCUUAGGACCUCAAUCACCUCACAAUCGCGAAGAAUCUGCCCAACCCCUCUCAUUACCUACUCCUACUAUCCCGGCUUUGCCAGGUCAAACCAUACUAUCUGAUGAUGCUCGACGUCUCCUCCAGAAGACGGGUGAUACAAUAUCAAAGCCUCUAAACGCCAUCGGUCGAAUAUUCAGCGAGGCCUUGGACGGCGCGGAAAGCAAACUGACGUACCUCCCCGGUCCUUUCGCUCCAUUCGAACUCGGUCGCGAACGGGAUGGACAAGCGCAACAGCCCCACUGGUCACAUCCUGACCAAAUAUCGCAACACUCGCACGGUCCUUCAAGGCAGUUCCCGCAAACACCUAUUAGUAACUCAGAUCCGCACAUGGCGCCAAUACAGACACCGUAUAAACCUCGCGUUCGGAAGACGCCUUCGCCAUAUCAUUCCACUUCCAACUCUCCUGACCGAUCACCAAGGCUUGGGUACGCUUCCUCGCCUGAAGAGACGCCCACUCGAUAUGGAAAUAGUGGAAAUGCGCCAUAUACAAAUUCGCCGUUAGCAUUAGGUCCUUCGCAAGCCAUCCUCCCGCCUCGUGUACAAUCUCUGGCCCAGCAAGAGUUCGGUACAUCACUCGGGCCAAAUUCAGAGGGGGCGCAUCUAUCACGAACGCCUACCCCUGCUCUUGAUCUAUCGGCCGUCCAGGAACAGAUUGAUAACGCACACGAACAAGCUGCGGCGGCGUCAAAAUCGACGCUUGUCCAGAUCUUUCCCACUGUUGAUACAGAAGUCGUGCAGUGGGUCCUGGAAGCCAAUGACGGCGACCUUGGUAAGAGCAUAGAGGCCCUCUUGGAAAUGAGUAGCGGGGCAUGA